AAUUAAAAAAAAAUAUAUAUUUUUUUAAAAAACCGACAAUACCACACGUACUCUUUAUAAAUCGCCUAGUAUCAUCCACCACUAUCCCACCCUUGUCUUUUGUUGAUCUCAAUUGAAGCCCAACUCUUGACUUCUUUCUCUUAGCGAGAUUUAUUGAAAAAAUGGCCACUAAGAAGAGUGUUAGCAGUUUAAAGGAAACAGAUUUGAAGGGAAAGAGAGUGUUUGUGAGGGUAGAUCUGAAUGUUCCUUUGGAUGAUAACUUUAAUAUUACUGAUGAUACUAGGAUCCGUGCUGCUGUACCCACUGUCAAGUACUUGAUGGAUCAUGGUGCCAGAGUUAUUCUAUGCUCUCACUUGGGACGCCCAAAGGGUGUUACACCUAAAUACAGCUUGAAGCCUCUUGUACCAAGGCUAUCCGAACUUCUUGGUGUUGAGGUUAAGAUAGCAAAUGAUUGUAUUGGCGAGGAAGUUGAGAAAUUGGUGGCUGAGAUUCCGGGAGGAGGUGUUGUGCUUCUUGAAAAUGUGAGGUUCCACAAGGAGGAAGAGAAGAAUGACCCUGAAUUUGCAAAGAAGCUUGCUUCUCUAGCAGAAGUCUAUGUGAAUGAUGCAUUUGGCACUGCUCACAGAGCCCAUGCUUCCACCGAGGGAGUGGCUAAAUACUUGAAGCCCGCUGUUGCUGGUUUCCUUAUGCAGAAGGAACUUGACUAUCUUGUUGGAGCUGUGGCAAAUCCCAAGAAGCCAUUUGCUGCUAUUGUUGGUGGCUCAAAGGUAUCAUCCAAGAUUGGAGUGAUUGAAUCCCUCUUAGAGAAGGUUGACUUCCUCUUCUUGGGUGGAGGAAUGAUCUUUACUUUUUACAAAGCCCAAGGGUACUCAGUUGGGUCAUCCCUUGUGGAGGAAGACAAGCUUGAUCUUGCAACUUCACUUAUUGAGAAGGCCAGGGUCAAGGGGGUAAAACUACUGCUGCCUACCGAUGUGGUUGUUGCUGACAAGUUUGCUUCAGAUGCCAACAGCAAGGUGGUACCAGCUUCUGAGAUAGCAGAUGGUUGGAUGGGUUUGGAUAUAGGACCUGAUUCUAUCAAGACAUUCAGUGAGGCAUUGGAUACAACCAAAACCAUUAUUUGGAAUGGACCAAUGGGUGUGUUUGAGUUCGAGAAGUUUGCAGCAGGAACUGAGGCAAUCGCCUGGAAGCUUGCUGAGCUCAGUGGCAAGGGAGUGACUACCAUCAUUGGAGGAGGUGACUCUGUUGCUGCAGUGGAGAAGGUUGGGCUCGCUGAUAAGAUGAGCCACAUCUCAACAGGAGGUGGUGCCAGCUUAGAGCUUCUUGAGGGGAAGCCGCUGCCUGGAGUCCUGGCUCUUGACGACGCUUAAGCUGGAUUUUUCCUUUAGUGCUGGUAUAUGUUUGGUUUUGCCACCGGAGUGGGCUAAAUGAUAGAGCUGAUCUUAUGGAGGCUGUAGAGUGACCGAAUAAAUGCUCUUCCAAGUAUAUUCAACUAUGCAAUGGUUUCAGAAUUCAGAUCGGAUCCUUUUUGGAACAUUGUUUUUGAUGAUCCAAUUAUGUGAAUUUUCUCUCCCAAGGAAAUCUUCUUUCAA